AGUGGUUAUGCGUGUCACUAUUCGUUACUAUUCAUUGUAAUGACAAUUUUCUGAUAUCUCAUUCCAGGUUUACUGUAAUGAUAAACAUAAAAACAUGAAAGAGAGAUUUCGCACAUCAAAAUUUCAAUGUGCACUUUAUACCCGAGUGACUAACAAAGAGUACAUAAAAUGUGCUAUGAAUAACAACUCCUAAUUCAAGAGACAGAAGAGAAUAAUACCAUCAUGGAAGAAAAUGAAGCAACCAAUGUUACUAUUUCAUCUUUUUUUGGAAUUGAACCAGCUUUUUGGAAUUAUUCUGAUCAUGUCAUCCUGGAUGACCUUAAAAUGGACAGCAACUUUAUAUGGUUGCUAUGUUCAUUAGUAUCUGCAAUAUUCUGGAUUGUUUAUAUUGCUUAUUACAAUAGCAGAGUGGCUGGUUAUAUAUUAACAAAAUUAUUAAAUCGAUUUGUUAUUAGAGAUGGAUAUGUUAAAGUUGGUUCCUUCACAUUAAGUGCUUUAAGUGGGAAAAUAAUGUUUAGGGAUAUAGUUUAUAUUACAAUGGAUUAUAGCUUUAGAAUCCAGGAUGGUUGGCUUAUAUUUAGAUGGUGGAGAAGCUAUGUCCCCAAAGAUGUAUCAGAAGAUCUUUCACACUCUGAUACACGGUUGUCAGUUAUGCUGAAUGGGUUUGAAUUACAUGUCUACAAUCGCUGUCAACUUUACACACAAUUGGAAAAAUCUUUUGGUCUUACUCCGCAAAUGUUUCCUGAUGAGGAUGAUCACAAUAUAAACAUUGAUGAUCGGGACGGGGAGUCUUUAAAUAAUGCAGCUAAUGAAACUCGUCAUUCACAGAUCAAUGCAAUGGAUGUAUCUCGUCAUGUGGAUAAUAUUAGAAAGAAGGAAGCUCAUGUGAUUGCGCGUACUUGGAGAGAUCUGAUACCAGUUAUUAAAUUAGAUAUUUGCACAGGAAGACUGGUAUUUGGUAAUCGUUUAGUACCAACUACAUUAUCUAUAACUGUGGAGGAAGCGCAUUUUGUAUAUUCCACGAAACCAGCGGCAUCUAGGCACGAUCAUUUUAUGCACUUUACCAAGUGUAAGGCAGAGAAUUUCAAAGUUAUUUUAGCACCAAGUCCGAAAUACACUGGUAUGGUUGAUGAUCCACCUAGAUAUAUGGGAGAAGGUUUUGUAGUUUUAAGUUCGAACCAUAUGGAAGUUUAUUAUUAUAUGGACGAACCUGGCGUUGUACCAGAACAUCCUGAAAUGAUACAAUUGGUGAACGGAGAUAUGGUUGAAGCGAUGCCCCCCAUAUGGGGUAUUGAUAUCAAAUGUGGAAAGGGCACGGAUUUCAGUUAUGGUCCAUGGGCUGAUAGGCAACGGGAGCAUCUAUUUAAAUUCUUCUUUCCCAACAAUUACCAACCGUUAAAGGUUACGAAAUCACCUAAACCAGGAGAUAAAAGACAGGUUCAAUCGUUCGACAUUAGAUUAUCGACGUUGAAUGAAGCGACAAUCGAUAUACUUUUCAGUAAAAAUAGAGAAACCAAUGCCGUUCAUGUAAACAUAGGGCCAGGAUCGUAUUUGGAAAUUACAAUGCCAUGGAUAGUAUUACAGGACGGGUAUACGACAAAGAUAACAGGUCAGCUUCUACAUUUGGAGGCCACGACUAGUCUACAAUAUCGGAGUCUGGUCGAAAGUGAGACCUUGGAAUUUGGAGUAAAGUGUCAUUAUCCCAUCAGAUGGAAUGAUCAUCAAGAGUGGACACUGAAUUUAACUGGAUGUAAAGCUACUGCUAAUUUAGUCUAUUUGCACAAAGACUUCUUUCAAGAUAUGAUUAACGACUGGGCGAGCAAGGCAAGACCCGACAUUUUACACUUUGUUCCAUACACUUGGAAAUUUAAUUUACUCUUGAAGGAGUUUGAACUAAUUACAGUCUGCAAUGAAUACAAUUGGAUCGAUUGCUCGUCCCAGAACCAAGAGAAUACGCACAUUGCUUUCUGUGGGGAAUUUUUUGAUCUGUCGUUUGAUCUUCCAUUCGUGGACUUUCUGCCUGUUACGAUACCGUUGCGGUUUUGGAUUCAAGGAGAAAGCGUUGAUCUUUCGUUUUAUUUGCCGGAGGUUAAUACCAAUCGUAUUAUUUUACUAGCACUAGAUAAGAAUGCGAAGAUCAUGACGCGCGAUGGGACUCAUAAGCAUUUGCACGAAUUGAACAGAGGUAAAAAAUGGAGGAAUUUUUGUCAAAAAGAAUCGGGCUGGGUCGAUUGUUGGUCUGUACCAAUCGUAGCAUUGAGUAUCAACUAUACUUAUCAUUUAUGCCCACCCCUGGGUCCUACUCCGCAAGCUAAUAUAACAACUCCAGAAAAGGAGGAAAUUCUUUUGUCUCCUAUGCGAAUUCCUAAAUGUAGAAAAUCACCGGGCUUGCAGUGGGCAAGAAGCGGCGCGCAAAAGUUUGAUCCACAAUCCAUAACGCCUGAUAAAGUUAGCGUGGAACUUGAAAUCGGCCCAUCCGUAUUGAUUUUAUACGGGUCUUUGUUAAAAAACUUCAUGCACUUGAAAGAAAACAUAUUUGGUGAUUAUCAAACGUUUACCGAUAUGCAACAAAGUAGAGCGAGUUCGACACCGAGUAACGCGGAAAGAAGCAAGGAUAAGGAUGCACAAAACAGUAGUGUUGAGGCAUCUGUGGAAGAUGAGGAAUUAAAAUCCAAGCCGUUUGAUCCGAGAGAUUACAGAUCCUUAGAAGUGACCGUCGGUGUUACUAUGCAUGACAUUCAAGCCCAUUUAAUUAAGAAUUGUAAUGAAAACGACCCGUUGUGUCCGAUUAUAAUCCUAGAACGCUUUGGAUUCGAAAUGAGAAAGAGUUACAAGGAAACACAACUACAGUUAUUGCUCUCUCCCGCAAUUGCUCUACUUACCGAUAAUGUGGCGAGAUCGAGCAAAGAACACCAUUUAAAUCAAGGACAUUUGAUGUUAAGCGCGCUGCAAGUCAGAGGGCAUGCUAUGUUCAGCAACGAGGGAAGGAGUUUGGAUCAGGAAACAUUGGAGUACGCGUGGUUGAUUGAAGUGCAAUUGGGCAAAUUAAGCGGAAAGAUCACUUCUCCUCAAUUACACCACUUUGUUACAUCAUUGGAAACCUUUCUGUUGAUGGCGAAAAAUACCGAAAACAGUCUACGUCCACCUGAUUUACCAUUUCAAUGUCACCACGGCCUUCCUCCGCUACAAUGUCCAGAGAGCGAUGUCGAUAAACAUUACAGAUGCCCGAGUUCCGAGGAUAUAAAAUAUCGAAUGACGAGACUAUCUAUAGACGCUAUUGAUUUAUAUCUACAAGAAGCAGGUACUGCCAUACAAUUCUGGAUAUCUCCGAUUCGUGUUGCCACUUGUAAUCUUCAUGGGCACCAAGUCAAAUCAGGCGUCACCGCUGUUCUACCUACCAUAUCGAUUCGACAGUUUGUAUCCGCGGCAGAUUACUUCGCGAAUACAAGUAAUACUAAUACAACAGGCAGCGGAAGAUCUCAUAAUAAUGCAAGCAGUCGGAUGUCAGGUGAUGGAUCAGAUAUAUGGCUUGAGGUGGGAUCGAUAUCUCUGGGUCCGGUUAUUUUAGAAGCCGCGAUUUCCCUUCCAGCUCCGGAGCACAAUUUGCACUUAGUACAAAAUAAAUAUCUAAAGAUGCACGACGAGGCGACAAAACGUUUGUGGUUUUUGUGGAUGCAGGAGAGCGGGGUAAAGGCGACAAAGUGCGGCUGUAUAGGAGGCUGCGUAUUUUUUGGCAAUAAUCGAAACGGACCGAAAUUUUUCAAGCCGAGCUAUCAAGAUCUUCAGGAUGGUAUCAAUAUCGCCGCCUACAGAAUUCAUGAGCCUGGUAAAGAGAAAGGAUUUGGACAAUCUAUUUUACACGAUAGGCAAUUGAUAUUCCACACACCGCCGUACAGUUUGCAAGAUAUAUCUUUGCAAGAUGUAUGUUAUCCUAUGACAGGAUUGAAAGUAACACUUAGUCAAGAUGGUUCGCAAAUUACGAAGAAAGGUGUCGAGCGUCCAAAGUCUGUUACUGAUUAUAAUAAGGAAGAAAAUAUUAGUACAAAAUUAAACGUUGCAUCUGCAAGUCCAUUGAUACCUAGUGGCGACAGGAAACCGUUGGACAGAAGAUUUUCCUAUACAUCAAUGCGUGGGCCGAAUAUGAAAGAUGUACCGUAUUCUCGUUUGAUCGAUGCUAGUCCUGUAACACAGCUACCUCAAAAAUUGGAUUCUGAUUCUAAACUGAAUGUAGAACGAAGUAAAUCCAUCUUAAACGUACCGGAGAUUGAAACUGCGCCCAAGAGUAGCGUGUCCGAUUCCAAAUUGGCCGUAGACUACUUCACUGCAACGGAAAAUAUAGAAUCGCUUGAAUCCGCGAGUAGCCCGCAAUCUUUACCUGUGGUUCCGACUGAAUUUAAUAUCUCUGCAUCUAUAUGCUUGACUGGCAAAGAUGAACAACGUGAAGGAGUGAACGUAUCAGAUUCUCAUCAUUCAUUAUACGCGAGGACAAACUCGGAANNNNGACUGAAGCAGGAGGUACAACGUACGAUAUCUAUGUCGUCGGAAAAUCACUCGGAAGCAUUUUAUUCGGCCGAUGAAGAUAUGAGCCACGGAUUAAGCGGAAGUCGAACAUCCAGCUUACGCCAAUCCAUCGUCGGUUCUGGUUGUGUCUUAAAUCGCAAUGACAGUAUGAAGAAAAAAUUCUCGUCAGACCUGUCUAUCGUCGAGAGCUCGACCAAUAUGAAUCACUCAGUGGCAGACAAGGCGCAUACGUUGGAGAGAGCAAAAACGCAGAUAUUAAAUACAAAAAGAAGCCCCAGGAUUAACAGAAACGCUAGUUUUCAAAAUGAAAUCGAUCAAACUGAAAACGGUCGCGGUAUGCAAGAUUCUUCAGACAGCCACUCCGUAUCAUCUACUAGUUUUAUCUCUGCUGUAUCCUCGCAAGAAGAUGUCACGCUUGUAAACUUGCACAUGCAAAUGAAUAAGCCAAUCGUGGACUCGCCGUUAUUGAUGUCCAGUUACGUCAGCCACUUGACACAGGUUCGUUGUACAAAUUGGAAUCAGUCCUCAUUACCUGUGGGUGGCGACGCUUUUACUACUCCUGUAUUCCAACGCAUGGAAGAUGGUAGAUUGGUUUACAUUGGCGGACGAUACGUGCCAAAACUUGAAACGGUCACCGAAGGUUUUACAUCGUUAAAAAUGAUAACACGUUCUGACGGCUCACCUGUUGUAGGUUCAUCCAACAAAACGCCUACACAUCCUUACUUGUGGGACGAUAUAUCAUUAAAUCGAACAGAAGGCGAAGAGGAUAAUGCGAUGCAUAACGAGGAGGAAUUAUUGGCGAUACUGCACGAAACUGGACUACGUACAACGGUUAUUGUCAAAUUUAAAGGAGACGUCGAUAUUAUGUUAAGUCCCAUGGUUCUAGAGUCGCUUCAGCGUUUUAUCGAUAGUAUUAUACCAACCUUGGCCAGUCUACAUCCAUUAACGAUUUUAAAUCAUCUUCACAAUGAAUGCAUAAGCAAAGUGGAGGGUGCAAAUAUUUUAAAACAAGAUCAGAGUUUAUCAUAUUGGAGUCAAGUCCACACCAGUUCGAAACGAUCGACAGCAGAAAGAAAAAAUGGUCAAGGUGAUGACAAAUGUAAGAUUGCCCUACAAACGAAUGUUUACGAAGAAAGUAUUACGACGCAAGUACAAGGCAGUAUUAUCUUACCGAAGUUGAACUUAACAUUGUUACAAGCAUCCGUUGUCGAAGAGAUUAUAUCGUUCUCCGCGUUAGAAAAUAUUCGCGACCUGACGUGCGUGUCACUAUUUGCGAUUUGUCUCGACGACGUUACCGCUAGAUUUUAUCUGGGGAAACAGGCCCGAGAAGUCGUUCAAAUGUUCCAUAAACCAGCCGCAUUACCGAAUCAGAAGAAAGUGAACAAGAUCAGCAAAGCAUUUUUACCCGGACAUCAAACUACGGCAGUAGUAGCUGACGUUGGAGGAGAAACUGUGUACAUAGAAACGUCGGAGAAGCAACAGGAAGAGAUUAUAGUUACUUUAAAUAUCGGCAAAGCGCAUUCUCAAUUAAGAAGGCUAAGAAAUGAAUCUUCAAUAUUGAAGGACGCGGUCAUAACUGCUAUACCUGCGCAUUAUUCGAAAGUAUUGUUUACGUGCACAAGAAUGACGUCGCCGCUAAAGUGUGUCGAUUAUUAUUUACAUCACGCGAUCGACGAUAAAGAAAAGCUAAAUACUGGACCACCGCAAGCCACCGAAGAAUUUACUAUGGGAUGCGGAGAGGAUAGAUUGGGAUUUAUCAUGUUCGAGUGCGGUUUAGAGGGAAUUAAAUUGAAAGUAGUGAAAAGAUCUCAGUUUGAAAAAAAUGAAAACGGUGACAAUAACAAAAAGAAUGAAACUGAAAUAUUGUGUACGGAUAGCAUUAAGAGCCAAGAGGAAUUGGAUAAUAAUAUUGCUGCAACUACCACAGAGGCGGAAACAAAGGCGGCAAGCGUAUCCGCCAGCACUCAGAUAAAUAUGAGCGCUACAUGCAACAGUCUCACGUCCAAAGUAGCGAAUGGCAAUACCGUAUCGUGUGUUAUCGAGUUGAAAACUGUAUGGUUUAACUUCGCCGCGCCUCCACGUACUCCAAUAACGAGGAAAAUCGAUUAUACAAGAUUGGAUUGGAAUUUGCUCAGCACGGCAUCGCCGGCGAUAAAUGCAUGGAUGAAUCCCAGUAACAAAUUUGCAAUACGGAUCGUUCAUAUGUUUAGAACGAUGUAUCGUAGAUCCACCGCGAUUGUUGCUUGCCUCAUGGCGGAAGCGUUGGACGUGCAAGGACUACAUAUGCCUAUGAAGAGUCGUUACGGAAGAUUAACACCAUUGGCCAAAACAUUGCAGGAAGAUCCCUCUUGUCAAUUAUGUACUAUAUUACAGAAUUACGUUUUAUUAUCCGAAAUUGCAAGUAUUGAAUCUAACUUGAAAGAAUCCGAUCUACCGCUUCUUUCAACACUUCGACAGGGUGUCAUUGUAUUAAGCAGACAAUGGAAGAAUGUACUUUAUACACCAUUGUUGUUGGAGCAUAAUUACAAAACCAAGCAUGUUAAACCAUUAAAUGUUACAUUUGCUGUAUCGGAUCCAGAUGAGCAAAUAAAUAAGACAAAAAUGGAGGAAGAAAUCGAUAUGAAAAAGAGUAAGAACUCUGCAGUAAAAAAUAUAUUUUUUCAGGAGAAUCUAUUAACCGAUGGAGAGGGUAGCGCGGGAGAUAUUGAUGAUCAGGAAGUCACCGAUGAAUGUGCUAUGCUCAUCCACACGGACCAUAUGCAUAAACAUGCACAUAUCAAGGGCGGACAAGAUAAAACAUCAGGUAUAUGUAGUGGUGGCGAUGGUUUAACGGUUCCUGUAAGUUCUCCUCGCGGGAAAGAUACGACUCCUAUAGCAACACCGGUUCCAGGCCCGGAUUCUUAUUCCUCUCCCUCUCCGCCCGUAGCUGUCGCAAAGAGAGGAAAAACAUUGCAACAGACGCAAGUACCCGCUAGUGCUCGUGCGAGUAUCGUUUUCCCUUUACUUACCAGCAGUGGACUAUUCGGUCAAACACGAGAAGCGAAUAAUAUAAGCUAUGGAACAUUGAGGGAAGAGAAGACCCCGCAAAUUCAUAUUUCGCAUUCGCAUCAGCUUGGCUCCAAUCCUAGCAUUUAUUCUGGAGGCGUGGGUCAUGGUAGUCAACAUAGCACUGGAAGCCUAGAACAAGUAACAUCUCCCACAAAUCAUUCUACUAAACCUAUAAAUACAGGAGAAGAUUUGUACAGCUGGAUGGCAAAGCAGCAAGAAUUUAUAAAAGAUAAUGACAAAGGAAAUUUAAAGGGAAAUUGGGUCUUUCGUACAGAGCAAAAGCCUAUGAAGGACUCAAAAAUCAACACUAUGACUACAGAUGACACUGAAGAUUCAGAUGUACAAAGCGGUGCUUUUCUAUAUCCAAUGAAAGAUUCUCUUAGAUUAUUAGACGCACAUCUGAUAUUUGAGCCACUUCUGUCAUCUUUAUCGGUUAUGCCGCAACAGAUGUUAUCAGUUAUUGGAUCAGGAAAUGUAAAUAACGUAUCUUCCUUAGACUCGUUAGGCUCAAAUUUGUCUCUUGUAGGCAGUAUGGAUACCAUGCGCAUUGAUAUAGUUGUGAGCGAAUUUGGAAAAGUUACAGACAAAAAGAAAAAUAACAAGUAUCAGCCGAGAAAAGGAAGUAAUUCGAAAUUUUAUCUCGAUAUACCACCGGAGACGCCAGCGUUUCUAUGCGAAAGAAUUGGCGUAGAUAUUGAUGUGAAAAAAAUGGCCGAUAUGACGGUGGACGAUAUGAUACAGAAACAAAAUGUUUUAUACAUAUCAAGGGGUCAAUUGAAGAAGCAUACCAGCACGGUGGUUAAUAUUAGUCUAAAUAUCCGGUACAUAAGCCAGCAAGUGAAUAUGCCUCUUCUCAGAUUAUUGCAUCAGAUAAGUAACAUGUAUCAGAACGUUAAGGAGACGCAAAUGGAAUUGAAAGAGCAACAGCCAGAGGGGAAACAAAGCGCUAAUAUAAUCGUCAACGAUACCGCCGCGAAGAACGGCUCAUCGUCGACAUCUGAUUUGCAAGAACAAUUUCUCAUUAAUGGCAAAAAAAUGGAGGCGCCACUGUUACGUAGUAGUUUCAUUGAGCCCAACCAACCGAAAAUAUUACCAGGUACGACUGUGCAACGAUCGCGGCCGCAGAGUUUCGCGCAAAAAUUACGAAGCACCGGAAAAAGCGUGAAGGGAUACAUCAAUUUGAGCGAGGGUGUUAUUACGCCCAGUUUCGGAGCAAGUCCUAGCGGAUCGAAUUUAGAUAAAUGCACGGAUGUGACAUGUAAGGAUAGCGCGCACUUGACGCCACGAUGCUGGAAAACUAUAUAUUACCUUCUUGAUUUGUACGCAACUCGUCCAGAGACUAAAACUAUUACCCAUCGGUUUUCGAUACCGGCGGAUGCGGCGGAACAUUGUAAGAGUGGUAGAAAGUACGAGAUCUUGAACGAGACCAAGGAUAUUGAUAUUGAGAAGGGAUUGAAUGCGGAGAAUAGUUCAACACCCGUUCCUCCAUCGAGAGAAUUGAAUAUUGUAACGGGUGAGAGAACGAGAUUGAUUAUUUUUGGCGUCGCGCGAAUCCAUAGAACCAGAUUAUUAGCUACCUUAAGUGGCUUGAAGCUCGAAGCGGAGAUCACUAGUCUACAUGCUAGUUUGACUUGCCGCAAGAAAUCGCGACCCGCGAGUUUAGAAUGCAGUAUGACCGGACAAAUCGGGAGAACUAUGAUUGUUUUACUGGAGGGCGUUGCCCCCAGUCAACAGACAGUCGUAAAAGUCACUGUUGGGAAAUCUCAGGCUCUAUAUUCCAGCAUCACGAGGCGUCAAAAGGAUAAGAAUAGCGGUCUACUGACCAUCGGUGCUGUUAAUAUCGAUAUACCUCAGCAUCCCGUAGCCUUGCACGGAAUGAUGACAAGAGGUAGCAAGCAAUUGUCGUCAACACUACAGGAACUAAGAGUUACUCGAACAUCGUCAAGAAUGUCGCGAGGACAGCAACAAGAUGACGUGGAUGCCGCUCCGGGCAGUCCGCAUCAUUAUGCUCCGGCUCCAUCAAUGGACAUGGAAAAAGAAAAACCGCAGACUGUGUCCAGUCUUUUGGAGCCUAUUGUCAUGCAAUUCCACAUAAUACUUCAAAGCCUGAGCAUAACUGCGGCACUAUUACCAUCUCUUCAAGCGCAGUACAAGAUGGACCAGGUAAAUAGUUCCGGUAUAACAGGCAGCAAGGCUAAAUUUACCAUAGACUUGCCCCAUCAUAAUCUGAGUUUUACGACAAAGCUGCAAGUAACUGAAGCUAAUCUACCAUCCGAAGCUAGUAUUGAAUUACCUAAAGUGCACGUUUCGGCCGAAUACGUUCAAGACGGAACUGGUAACUUGAACGAUAGUAAAUUAGCAGACGGUGUCGUGUUGAGGCAAGGUAGCUACUUAAGCGCAACCGCAGAUAUUGGAAUAUUUGAGCAUUCCUUAACGACGGAUCUCUUAAAUCAUUUAGUAUUUGUACAAAAAGUAUUUAUGAAAGAAGUAAACGAGGUGGUGCAAAAGGUUUAUGGGGGUGAAAAGCCAGUGCCAUUGUGGUUCGAAGACGACGAAUCGACCAACUCUACUUUGAAACGAAUUUUAUUCUCGCUGAUUAUACGAAUUAAAAGGAUUCAAUUGACCGCAACAACUCCGACAAACUCGGCGGUGCGGCUAGAAACCGGUGCGGUCGAAUUUCAAUUAUCCAACAGAGUGCAAAAUGUUUCUGGAGCUACUCAACCUAAUCCCUACAUGAAAUUAUUCGGCAAAGCUCAAGUUGAUAUUAACUUGAGUCUGGGACAAUUGUUGAAAAAUGUCCUGUUUGAAGAGGUGGAGCCCGAAUUUCAGCAGUUUGCUUUCUUCAAUACUAGAGUGGGACUGCGAAAUGCAUUUCAAGAAGAGAUGGCGCAAGAUGAGGACAAGGAAGUGGUUUUAAUUACUCUUAAACGUCCACUGAUCUAUAUACAACCGAUGGCCAUCGAUAAAGCUAUACUCGUUUGGUUAAAUUACAAAAAUGCAUAUGAGUAUUGGAACGAAAAGAGAUCUAAUUUAAAUAAAGAGGUAUUAACCGCCACUCAACAAGUAUUUGAGAAGGUUCCAUUCGGACAACUGACAAGUCAGCUCAGUGCGCCUCAUCUUGGCACAUUGUUUUUACAAUUAACAGUUGAUGAUAUGGGUAUCUGUUUGCCACUUAAUCCUUUACCGCCAAAUAAUUGGAGAUUAAACAGAGGUCUUUAUGACGGAGAAUCGCGAGGAGCUGUUGUAGUGACGCUGGAAAACACAAGCAUAUCCGCAUGUAGUAGCGGUAGUCUAGUUAGUAAAGGAAGGUUUGUAGGAUUAUGUUUGAGAUUUGCGGAAGAUUUUGAAACUUCUUUGGACGAUUGGAAGCCAGAUAUGACUGAUAGCAAUAUAAUGAAUUUAUGUGUUGUAUCAGAAGGCACUUACGAAGUAUGUAGUAGAACUAUCGCGCAGAAACAAGACAAGUCUGAUAAUGCCAAGUGGAUCUUGAAUGUUCAAUGGCAAAUGGAAGGAGUUGAUAUUCAUCUUGAUGUCAGUGUAGGACAACAGCUGUCGGCUCUUGGACAUACAUUAACAAUGUUAACUGGUUCUGAAGAAGAAGAUGAUAUUCACAUUCCCCCGGAUUAUGAUAGCGACGAUGGAGAUCAACCGGAAAAUAGCACUAGCCAGGUUAAAAAAAAAGAAAGCAUAUUAAUGAAAAAAUCGAAAAAUUGGACGGAUAGUCUACCAGCAUUUAUUUUCGAUCCCACACUUGAUGCAAAGAAGAGAUCGCAAUUGAUAGAAAAGGAAAUGAACGAACAAGCCAAGAUUAUAAAUGAUUUGCGAUCAUUAGGCGCUUCUCACGGAACAAUCGAGCAAGAAAUGAAACGUCUACAUGAAUUAGAAGCAAUGGUAUUUAAAGAUUUUAGAAGAGAUAUGAUCCAAAAGUUAAGGAGGCAAUCGGUUAAAGCUUCUGGUAUCAAGGGUAAAUUAGGUCUCGGUAGUAAACCGAAUACGUAUCGUUCGAGAUCAUUUAUUGUACCUUCGCCUACACCAGAACAUCACUUAGAAAGCCCGGAAGAUAUUAAUACGGAAAUUAAUUCAGCAAAUUCGGCUAGUUAUGAAAGUAGCCCUAGAAGCGGUCCCAGUCGAUCAGCUUCCUUGCGUGUAAAAGGACUUGGUGGACCACGAGUUACCUUUAGUGAUACACAUACAAUGGGAAGGCAAUCAUCUUUACCAAGCGCUAGUUCUGAUUUGAGUUUACCGGAAGGGGAAUUGGAAUGGCCAGAGACUAUCGAAAUAGAAGGAGAACGAGUUGAAUUAAGAAAGAAAAAUAGAGAUACUAGUUGUACAUCUAGUUAUGAUAGUAUGGAGGGAAAUGCACCGUUGCUCGAUUCAUUUGGAAAAGAACAAGCUUCAUCGACGUCGUCUCCAUACAUUACUUCCCAGAAAACUCAAGAACCAAAUAUAGACUUUGAGCUCGAUGUCAAAGUUUUAAUUAAUAGCGGGAAAUGUGUAUUGCAUACAAAAGAUCCAGGAAAGGAAGACGAAAUUAAAUUCUUGAGUAGAAUGAAGAAAGAAAGAUCGUGUUCCGGUGGUAUGUUCGAAUUUCAAUCUGGCAGUCCCAAUAGUAGCAGAAAACACUUGAAUAGUAAAGAGAAGCCAUCGACGACUAGCACAUCUCGAUUGAGAUAUUUGCAGCAUAAUGUAAAUGUGCCUUUGGUAGAUUUAACAAUUUUUCAUAUCCCUGGUUUAGAUGUUAAGGUUCAUUAUGAAUCCAAAACUCUUCCAGAGGAACCAUUAUCUCCCCGCGUAUCUACUGAAAAUAGUCUGUUGAAUCCAAUUACGAUGACAAUGCUCAGAAAAUCUAGUACUAAAAAAGCGAGUCUGUUUGCUUGGAUGACUCUUCAAAGCAUUCCAGAGGAAACUAUCAUUAGUCCUCAUAUUCUUGAAUUUCUAGAGCAAACUUUAGAGCCAAUUCCAAGCAAGAAUAACUUCCAGAGUAACGCGCAAACGAAUGUUAGCUUUCUACUGGAAAAUACAGAAAACACAUCAUGGGCUGCCACGGCUGCGAAUAGCAAUUACGUUUAUGCCAGUUUCCCCGUUGACGUUAUAGUAUAUUUUCAUAUGCAGCCAUCUACGUUUAGAUUCUCGUGUUUACCAGUUUCACGAGUAGAAUGUAUGCUGCAGUUGCCAUCCCUCGAUAUUGUGUUCUCGUCGAAACGGGCCGAGGAAGAACUAAUAGAAUUUCGGGAAUUUAAAUCUCAUACAACGGGAAAAGAAACGGGCUCAGCCAUCGGUGGAUUAUCCGUCACGGGUUGUUUAGCGGAUUUUUCUGUUUAUAUCUUUCAUCCCUACGGUGGCGGGAAGAAGACAGGGCUAAAAGAAGCACAAUGGUCGCCCUUGUCGGAUAGCGAGAGGAAAGAUUCAUUGAGUAUAAAUGUUGAAUUCGUUAAAUUUCAUUUAUCGAGAAGCAGAAAACAAAACUUUCAAAGCGAACAACUCAAAAAGCUUUCGGAUACUAGCCGUGCUGUCAUACGAUUCUCAACAAUUAUCGAUAUUGGAUCUGCCUCAUUUAAAUAUGACAUGCGUCGAUUAACAGAAAUUCUGGCUUUUCCAAAGGCAUGGUAUAGACGCAGCAUAGUAAGACGCUUGUUUUUGGGAGAUUUAAGCUCAGGUAUCGCAUACUCAGAAGGGGAUGGGAGUUUUCCGUUAAAUCAGGAAGAGGCGGUUAUGGGUAGCUCAUUGUUGAAGCAUUACGAUAGACACACAUGCGAUCCGUUAUCAAAAAGCGCACCUGAAAGAAGUCCUGUAUUAAAUAGAGAAAAAUUGAAGUUAAGUUUGGAGAACGAUAUGCCAAGACCCGCGCGAUUAAAAGAUAUCGGCAGAGCAUGGAGCUUUACCACGGACAAGCAAAUAUCGUCGGAGAUUAAAUUGAGAGAAUCCGCGUGGGAGACAUUGGUGUUAUUCGCGGUGAAUUUUACGCGUUUAAACGUGCAUAUGAAUAUGGGUAACGUAAUGGGCAAUGUUAGCUGGAUGACAAAAGAUUUCAGAUCGGAUGGUAGACUGUCUAUCGGCAGCACGGGACAUAAAAAUUUAUACAUAGGCAUCGGUCUAGGAGGAUCGAGUCUAGAUGCGAAAGGUGGUAUAGUUGGUGGGACAAUCGAAUUGAGUAGAAUCGAUACUUAUAUACACAUUCGAGAAGAACCUGGAAUAGAGCCUGAUCAUACAGUAGGAUUGAAAUUAUUUGCAUUAGAAUUACGAUUGGAUUAUAUGGGAACAAGUGUGUUAAUGUCUCGAGUGUCUUCGUUGGACGUUACUCUCAGAGAUGAAUGGAAAAUUAAUCGUAGCAAUAACGGUGAUGCUUUCAUGCCAACACGAAGGCCUGCAAUUAUUUUUAUGCACGGUGAUCUGGGUUGGGAUCAAUUACAAAUCAUGAUCAGUAAAUCAACAACGGCCGACUUACUGAAAAUGUUUUACAAAUUGGAUGAGUUCUUUAGUCAACAAUUUAAGAGUAGUAAACGCGUCUUUAGCUCGUUGCAACCAAAACAUCAAAGGAUAAAUAACAGCAGUUUUAAGAAGAGGCAACAGAAGAAGAGAUCCGAUGGAGGUCCAUGGAAUUUAAACCAGAGUGCGAUAUCAGACGCUAGACAUCAUAGACACUGGCAAAGAGUAUUAGCCCAAGUAGCCGGUCUUCAAUUAGGAAGCUUAAAAUUUUCUUUGCCAUCAACUGGUACCGUCCUCGGCGGUACGAUGGAACUUCAUGGAUGUAAUAUUAGCUUGGCAUGUUUUCAUGGAAUUAAUUUCAAAAGCAAGAGUUGGGCUAUAUUCUCGCUGAAAGAGCCUUGUAUAAGUUUUGCUACGGAAGCCCAAGAAAUACCAAGUGUUGAAACGCCCAACACAUACGAUGUUCACGUUGUACAAACGUUGACCAUCAGUCUAGGUCACCAGCAGGAACAACACGCGAGACAUCAUUCCAUGGCAACUGUCUGUAGAUUAAGUCGAAGUGUUUUAUUUCCGCCGCAAUUUAAAUCUUUACAAGAAUGGUUUCAUUAUGCAUUUGCUAGUAGUGAGAUCGAUGCGGUAGAUAGAUUUCCAUGCGUCGAGAGGGAUAAGAUAGAAAAUACAUUGGUGGACGGUAAUAACGCGUCGCGUGGAAGAAGUACGUCCGCAACAUCUGGCAAGCUGCAGGAACAUUCGCACACGCGAGAGGUGAUAUUUGCUUUGCCUUCGUUGCAGUUGCAUUUGAAAACUGAACAUUUACAAACCGCCAGAACGCCAGAUGUUAUAGGCGAGAAACCAUUGGUCGAAUGCAGUUUUAUAACGGAGUUUGAAGAUCACAUAUUUGUUACCGUUGACGCUGAAGCCUUUUUCUUUCUACAUGAUCUCAUUACAUCAUAUGUAAAAGAAAAGGAAANACAGCACACUAUGCAGAAUAUGGGUGCGAGAGCACACAGUCCUGAUCAGCAAGAGAGAAAAAAUACAAACGCAAGUACAGCAGCUAAUGCAUCCAGUGUAUCCAGCGUCGCUUCAGAAGAUGAGAAAAAACGUAAACAAUUUGAUCCAGCUGAAAUGUUUAUAAAAGAUUGGCGAUCAUAUAGAUGUAAAACGUGGCACUUGGAACCAACAGUAAGACUACUCUCUUGGGCCGGCAAAAGUAUAGAACCUUAUGGCAUCGAUUAUAUCCUUCAAAAAUUGGGAUUCUCUCAUGCACGCACGACGAUUCCAAAAUGGAUACAACGAGGAUUUAUGGAUCCUUUAGACAAAUUGCUUGCCGUUCUUAUGUUAAGAAUGGUAUUAGCCGUUCGCGAAGAGCCAUCGGACGAACAAAAAGAACAUAAGAGAGAAAAAUAAUACCAAAUUGAUCUUUUCUUAUGUUUUUGCAAAAGCAUCAAACGUAUAUAAUGUGAUCUCUCCUUCCUAUGUAUUCGAAUUAUAUUAAUAAUGGUGCAAUAACGGGCGUAAGAAUGACAUACUAAUCAAUGUUACUUCAGAUGCGAUAAAGAAGUCUAUGCAUAAAGUAACAUCAAGCCUAUGUAUAAAUUUUUUUUUGUAUGUUUAAAAUAGUUUAUAGAUUUUAAAGUAAAUGUUAUUAAAACAUGGGAAUAUGAUUGGAAUAAACAAAAUAGUAGUUGAUAAUAAUCGCGGAGAGA